AUGGAUGUAGACCAGGACCGGGAAGGCUGCGGGGCACAGCCCGGGGUGAUCUUCGGACCCAUGUUCUCCGGGAAGAGCACGGAGCUCAUGCGGCGGGUGCGGCGGUUCCAGCUCGCUCAGUACCAGUGCCUGCUGGUGAAGUACGCCAAGGACACGCGCUACUGCACCUCCGGCGUCUCCACGCACGACAGGAACACCAUGGAGGCCCUGCCAGCCUGCCUCCUCAAGGACGUGUACCAGGAGGCACUGGCCUCUGCGGUCAUCGGCAUUGACGAGGGCCAGUUUUUCCCAGACAUUGUGGAGUUCUGCGAGAUGAUGGCCAAUGCUGGGAAAACCGUCAUUGUUGCCGCUCUUGAUGGGACCUUCCAGAGAAAGGCCUUCGGGAGCAUCCUGAACCUGGUGCCGCUGGCAGAGAGCGUGGUGAAGCUGAACGCCGUAUGCAUGGAGUGCUACCGAGAAGCCUCCUACACAAAGAGGCUGGGAGCAGAGAGGGAGGUUGAAGUGAUUGGAGGAGCAGACAAGUACCACUCCGUCUGCCGAGCCUGCUACUUCCGCAAGCGGCCUCAGCAGCCUGGGUUGGAAAACAAGGAGAACGUGCCCAUGGGGGUGAAGCAGCAGGACGUGGCUGCCUCCCGGAAGAUCUUUGCUUCUUGACUGCUGGGCUCCCGCAUGGGG